UGUCAACUCCCCUCCUCUGACGGAACUUUAUAGCCGGACACCAGGCGGAAGUGUUUUCUUCUUCUUCUUCUUUUUUAAUAAAACUCAUUUUUAAAAAAAAAAAAAAAAAAAAAAUCCCGUGAGUGGUAGGGUUGCGUUUCUUUGUGUUUGUACUGAGCUUGAAGACAGUUGUGUCGUGUCGUCAGAUAAAUUUUUGAGCUGUUGCAGUAACAAUGUUUUCAAAUGGGAAUUUCUCAGAGUCGAUCAUCAAGCCAAUAACUGCUGCUCCCGAACAAAUAUUUGAGAAAACUGUCGUCCAGUCCGAGGAAGACGUCGAUCAUCAGGGCAAACUGCUGGAUAUCACCUGGAAACCGGAGAUGAAGUUACACAAAACAGACCUCCCACAGCAACAUGUCUGCAUGAAGGAGGAGGUUCUCACUGAGCAGCAGCUCUGUAGCCAGGAGAGGAACUCUAGUUUGGACCAGGAGGAACAAGAACCUCCACAGAUUAAAGAGGAACAGGAGGAUCUACAGCCCCCACAGUUGAAAGAGGAAUAUGAGGAACCAGAAUUUAUACAGAUUAAGAGGAACAGGAAGAACCAGGACCUGUACAGAUUAAAGAGGAACAUAAGGAACUCUGCAACCGUCAUUGGGAAGAGCAUUUUAUACUGA